AUGACUUCUCCCGGCAUGUCAGGCAACGGAGAGCAGUCGUCGGCCCAGCAAGACUAUUAUCAGUCGACGCCUAUAUCUACCAGCCGCACCGGCUCACCUGGACCAGACGCUAGACAGGCUUCAAUAGCACGCCUGGCUUCCCCCGUUCCUUCCGUGCCCAAUUCCUAUUCGGCUCGACCGACACCCGUGCCGAUCAACGCUGCUGCUACUGCAUCGAAUGGCGAGCAUGAUUAUCGGAAAGUCGACAACCCAUCUUCGCUACCAGGCCCCGGCCAGUCUAUGAUCGCGUCGGCUCUUCAAGACAGCCUCGGACGCUCGCCGCCCAGACUCGGGACCCCACCGAGACGCAUCGCAUCCCCUGCCUUGCAGCAACCUCAGCCAAUCAGAUCCAAUUAUGGCUCGUUCGACAACAAGGCCGGUUCAGAAUAUUCGGCGGGACCGUAUGAGGAUCCCGAUAUUAUCAAGCGGCAUUUAGUGAACCCACAACUUGCUGUCGAGAACCGUGACAUCUAUUCCUCUGGGGACGGCGCAAGUAACGCGGAAGAUGGAUUCUCUAGCCUGCAGCUGCAGGGAGGUGACAUCACACGGCAGGUAUACCGAUGGGCGGAGGAUGCGGAUACAAGCCAUCCUGCGAAGAGGCACCUUCGAAGCAAGAGUUUUAGCCUGCACCGCCCCACCCCGGAGACCGAGACGAUGGACAUCAACAGUAUCCGAGUUCCAGGAGGAUUUCGGCGAGACUACAUAAGGCGAGCAGCGGGUCCUCUCCCUGGAGAUGGUGAAAGUCCCGGGUCCCAGACGACCGCCGCUCAGCCUCAGUUUCCUACCACCAGUUUCCUGGAAUUUCUCACCCUUUUCGGCCACUUCGCAGGCGAAGAGCUAGAGGAGGAUGACGAAGCCUUGGGACCGGACGAGUACUUCUCUUCUGACAUCUACGAUGAAGAAUACAGGGAGCCUGGAGAAGACACCGCCCUGCUUCGUCCAGAUACUCCUGGCAGAAGGAAGCGAAAGCCGCGUGGGGGCACUGGGACUAAUACUAGGACAGGAGCGGCCCUUCUUUUACUGAAAUCAUUCGUUGGCACGGGAGUCCUAUUCUUACCGAGAGCAUUCCUCAAUGGGGGUAUGCUGUUUAGCAGCAUGGUGUUGCUCGGGGUCUCGUUGCUUAGCUUCUACGCCUUCAUUCUUUUGGUGAAUUCGCGACUGAAGAUUGAAGGGUCAUUUGGUGACAUUGGUGGCGCGCUUUAUGGAAAGAACAUGCGGCGCAUCAUUCUUGCCUCCAUCGUGCUCAGUCAACUGGGAUUUGUAUCUGCAUACAUCGUGUUCACGGCUGAAAACCUGCAGGCCUUUGUCCUGGCUGUCAGCAAGUGCAAGUCUUUCAUUGACAUCAAGUUCAUGGUGUUGAUGCAAUUGGUUAUCUUCUUGCCCCUUUCGUUGGUUCGCGAUAUUAGCAAGCUUGGUUUCACGGCGUUAAUUGCGGACGUUUUCAUCUUGCUGGGGUUGAUCUAUCUUUACUACUACGAUAUCUUCACCAUCUCAGACCAGGGCGGUGUUUCAGAUAUCAUCUCUUUCAACCCUUCCACCUGGACCCUCUUCAUAGGAACCGCAAUCUUCACCUACGAGGGAGUCGGUCUUAUCAUCCCCAUCCAAGAAUCCAUGAAGCACCCUCAGCAGUUUCAGGGCGUUCUCGCCGGGGUCAUGGUCAUCAUCACGAUCAUUUUUCUCUCCGCGGGUGCCCUCAGUUACGCAGCAUACGGAUCGGCAACGAAAACUGUGGUCAUCCUCAACCUUCCUCAGGACGACAAAUUCGUAAAUGCCGUUCAGUUCCUCUACUCUCUAGCGAUUCUGCUGAGUACUCCACUGCAACUCUUCCCGGCCAUCCGAAUCAUGGAAAACGAACUCUUCACGCGCAGUGGCAAGUACAACCCUAAGAUUAAAUGGAAGAAGAAUUGCUUCCGGUUCUUCCUGGUAAUGAUUUGCGCCUUUGUCGCCUGGGGAGGAGCCGACGACCUUGACAAAUUUGUUUCUCUUGUCGGCAGCUUCGCCUGCGUUCCUUUGAUUUACGUGUACCCGCCUCUUCUGCACCUGAAAGCCUGUGCUCGCUCAAGACGUCAGCAAAUCGCUGACAUUGCCCUCUCUAUCUUCGGUGUCGUCUCUUGUGUCUAUACCACCGCUCUAACGAUGUCCAAUUGGGUGGGUGGAGGAGAGGUCAAGCCCCCUGGAUACUGCGACUCGCAGUCCGGCUAA